AAAAUUUCCUUACAACACAUGAACACAAAGCCUCAAAAGAAGAAAACAAGAAAAGAGAAAAAAAGGCACAAUUAAACAAAGUAAGCGACGGGACGGCAAAACCCAGAAAGAGAAGCAUCAACCUCAUCGGACUGUGAAAUUUUAUCGCAGUUGUUGAUUGAUCGGAUCCUUUUUUACUGUGCAGAUUCUGAUUGUGAAUUUGAGAUUCAGUUGGGCUGAUUUUCGUGUUUCGAAGUUUUUGAUCAACCAUUGUUGAAAUUGGUCAGGCCUGCUUCUUGGAGCUACUGUAGCAAACACAGGAGAAAGUCUCAAGGUAAGCUACAGUAGUGGGUGAAGAAAAUGGAGGGCAAGGGCAAAGGAAGCGAGAGAUUUGGGGGAGCCAUAGCCAAUCUGACCGAGAUGGCUCACAAUUUGGAGUCACUCCAGAAGCUGCUCCUCAAGAAAGCUGUCUUUGUCGAUGAAGAGACCUUUGGCAAAGCCUCACUUUGUUCUGAACAAGCUCGUACCAUCAAGGUUCUUGAACAAAGGGUUGAAACUUUGGAACGAGAACUUGAUGCUGCCAUUACAGCUGCUGCACGUGCUCGUUCAGAAAAACGCCAGGCUGAGGCAGCAGAAAAGGCCGCUGAGUUACGUGCACAAGAAGUUACAAAAGAGCUUGAGAACACCUCAAAGGUAUUUGAGCUGCACAUGGAAGAGUUGCGUGCAAAGCAAGAAGAAAUCUCUAAGCGUGAUAAGGAUAUCAAACUUUUGGAAGCUAUAAUUCAGACACUUGGCGGAAAAGAAGUGCAUAAAAGAACUGGAUAGAAAAUCUGUCUUUUGAAUUUUGUAUGCUUUUCCUUUUUUAAAGAAGGAACAGUAUGUAUAUAUUUAGGCACGGUUGGUCUCGAAAAAAAAAAAAUGGGAUGGAUCCACUCUUAAACAAUUGCAGCUUGCUUCAACAAUAGAUAGAUUUUGUGGGUGUGUUAUAUCUCAUAUUAAAUGAAUCAACCCAAAUUACAAUUAA